CCAUCAGUGAACCGGUGAGUUCUUGCUAGCCAUUAUGCUGAUUGCGGUGCAUUUACAUGGUCAUAUAUUGCUUUAUAUUCCAAUGUGACGAAAUCCUUUCCUAUAUAUUACGAUAUAUAACGAUAUAUGACAAUAUCUUCUUCUCACCAGUUCUCUGAUGGCCUCUGCUCCGAGUCCCUCACGGCUGAGUCGUCACCCCCACAAGUCGUCAGGUCACGCUUUUGUCACAGCAGGUCACCGCUGCCGCUUUCAGAAUCCGCUCGGCAAUGCCUAAGAAAUUCACGGUCUGACAGUUACAGGUCAAAAAUAAUGAUUAUGAUUGGUUGGUGUGAUGUGGAAUAUAGUAUGGGAUGUGGUUGUAAUUAUAAUGGCUGUAUGGUGCAGGAUAUACUACAUGAGAAUGAGAACUAUGUGGUCCGUGAUGAUGAGGCACAUGAACUUGAUGCUGGUGUGAUGUAAAAUGUCCGGAAAAUUGCUGCUGGUAUGUUGCUGCGAGUUGGAUGUACAGGAGGAUUGUAAGGUAUUUCAUGGCAUAGAUCAGGACUAUUUAAGUUAGAACCAUUCUGCUCAUAUGUGGGAUCACGCGACUCUCGUGAUUUGCCUUUUGGGCGGCUAUUUCGUAGAGCCAUGUCCGAAUGUGUCGACUCGCUGACAAGUCGUC